AUGAUGAAAUUUACAAGGGAAAGAAAAAAGUAUAGAAUUGAAAAUCCAUAUGCCGAAAAAAUUAAGUUGGAAAAUAUUCAAAAGAAAAAUGAUAAAGUAGAAGAAGAAGAAGAAAAAAUAAAAAAGAAUGAAGAAAGGGAUAACAAAAAUAAUGAAACCCAAAUUAAUAAGGCAGAACAAUUUAUGAAAAUUUAUAAACGAUAUAUGGAACAAAAUCAGGAUUUUGAAAAAGUUCAAAAAGAAAAUGAAUAUAUAAAAGAAACAAAAGAUAAGACAGUUAGGAGAAAGAAAAUUAAAAAACUUAAUAUAAAACUUAAAAAAAAUAACUUAAUUGAAAAAUUAAUAAAAAAUAAAGCCAUUAUGGUAGCUAAAAAACGAGUAUUAAUUGGAUCAAAAGAAAAAACAAAAAAAAAAACAAAAAAAAAUAACCCAAACAACCACAAUAAAACACCAUCAACAUUUAAUGAAAAUAGUAAAAAAAUACAAAAACUUAUUACCAAUUCAAAUAAUAAUAUAAAAACAAAUAAUACACAACCAACCAAUAAUAAUAAAAAUAAAAAAAAUCGAAUUGAUAUAGUAAGCAAAUAUGAUCAAAUAGUGAAUUCAAAUAAUUUUUUACAAAACCCUCUUGAAUUUGCAAAAAAUGCUUUAGAGCAAAAAAAGAAACCAACUAUUCCACCAAAGAAAUCGUAG